CCCUUCAGUUUUCCACCGGUUGCGCGCCGAGCCAAACGGUCUUCGGACUUUAUUUAUCAUCGGAUCUGUGCGUGUGGAUGAAAAAACAUUAUGGUUUCACGCGACACUCAUUUUCCAACAAUUCUCCAUUAAUUUCACUUAGUACUUCUCGAGAUUUAACGUAUUCAUUAAUUUUUUUGUGCUCUAAUUUCGAGAUUUUCAAGGUUUCAUGGGAUUUUUACGCUUUUUCGAGAUGAACGGGUGAUUCGGCGGUCUGGUAGUGAUUUCUGGUGGAGGUGGGGAGUUGUUAAUUAAUUUUUAGUAAUUAAUCCUUGUGAUCGGGGACGAGAUGUCGGGCUGUGGCGGCGCGCAGCCGAACAUUCGCCCACCAAUCGAGCUGAAGGAGCAGUCGGAUACUAUCAAGGGUGCCGAGUACAUCCGAGUGUCAAAAUUCUACAAAAACAGUCGAGAGGGAAAAUUCAUAAGCUUCAUUCAUGAGGACGUGAGAACCCUCUACGAUGCCUUCCGGAAAGGAGCCAAAGAAUCAAACAAUGGUCCCUGCCUGGGAUGGAGAGACAGCCUGAGCAAGCCGUACCAAUGGAUGAACUACAACGAGACUCUCCUGAGAGCGAAGAACUUCGGAUCGGGCCUGAUAUCCUGCGGUCUGGCCCUGGGCCCUCAAACACUGAUCGGUCUGUACAGUCAAAAUUGUCCAGAAUGGGUGCUCACCGAACAAGCCUGCUACACCUAUUCCUUAGUAGUUGUUCCACUCUACGAUACACUCGGACCUGACGCCUGUGCCUACAUAAUAAAUCAGGCUGAAAUCAGUCUGGUAAUAUGUGAAGACGAUAAAAAGUGUAAUUUACUGUUAGAUAAAGCCCCAAGGUGUUUGAGAAAACUCAUUGUGGUGAGAGAAACGCGACCGGCGACAAAUCAAAGAGCCAAGAACCGAGGAGUUGAUCUUCUGAGGUUUGAGGAUCUCGAGCGUCUGGGGGCGCAGAGAAAUCAACCAGAAAUUCCACCAAAACCAACGGAUCUCUGCACUGUGUGCUACACAUCAGGAACAACGGGGAAUCCCAAGGGUGUGAUGCUGACGCAUCAGAAUGUUAUGGCGGGAGUUUGUGCGGUUCUUCUGCAAUUGGGUGAUCACAGGCCAUCAGCUAGUGACGUGAUGAUCAGUUUUUUACCACUUGCCCACAUGUUGGAGAGAUGCUGUGAGAAUGGAAUGUACAUUGUGGGUGGAUCGGUGGGUUUUUACAGUGGUGAUAUUAAAACACUGCCCGAAGAUAUGAAGGCAUUGAGACCUACGGUGAUGCCUGCUGUACCGAGGCUUCUCAAUCGUCUCUAUGAUAAGGUGCAGGCUGAGCUUCAAAGUUCAUUCCUUAAGCGAAUGCUCUUCAAUAUGGGGAUGAGAUCCAAGGAAUCGGAAAUAAAAAAGUGCAUCAUACGGAACAACAGUUUAUGGGACAAAUUAGUUUUUAAGAAGAUUCAGGAGUCGAUGGGUGGAAGAGUCAGGCUGAUGGUCGUGGGAUCAGCACCACUAGCUGGUAAUGUCCUGACAUUUACUAGGUGUGCACUAGGAUGUCUUGUCGUCGAAGGAUAUGGACAGACCGAGUGCUGUGCACCCAUCACAUUGACAAUUCAAGGUGAUUAUGUGCCAGAACACGUGGGCCCACCAGUCGCUUGUUGUUGUGUUAAACUAGUGGAUGUACCUGAAAUGGAGUACUACGCGGCGAAUAAUCAAGGCGAGGUAUGCGUCAAGGGUACAAACGUCUUUGUGGGAUACUACAGAAAUCCAGAGAAAACAGCUGAAGUUGUUGAUGAGCAGGGAUGGCAUCACACUGGAGACAUCGGCAUGUGGUUGUCUAAUGGUUGUCUAAAAAUAAUCGAUCGAAAGAAACACAUCUUCAAGCUGUCACAAGGUGAAUACAUCGUACCAGAAAAAAUAGAGAAUAUAUACAUCAGAAGUCAAUACGUACAUCAAGUAUUUGUGCAUGGAGAAUCAUUGAAGUCCUGCGUUGUGGCUAUUGUUGUUCCUGAUGUUGAUGUUAUCAAGUGUUGGGCACUUGAAAAUAGUAUACCGGGUACACUGAGUGUUCUCUGCGCUAAUCCGGAAGUUAAAAGGCUGAUUCAUGACGAUAUGAUUUCUUGGGGUAAAGAGGCUGGCCUCAGGUCCUUCGAGCAGGUGAAAGAUAUUUAUCUACAUCCGGAUCCAUUCUCUGUACAAAAUGGCUUGCUCACCCCAACAUUAAAGACUAAACGGCCACAACUUAAAGCCUAUUUCAAGCCUCAGAUCGAGGAUCUCUACCAGAAUUUGAACUGAUGCUAUUGAAGG